AAAGUAUGACAAAAUCGCGCACACGUCGUCAGUCUCGUCGACAAUCUGAGUUUUUCGACCCGGCGGAAGACGGUUCUUCCCCGCCGCCGACUACAACGGGAAAUAUGUCUGUCAACGACAUGGUCGCCAUGAUGUCCACGUGGCAACGCAGCCAAGAGGAAACUUUUGAGAAACUACUGAACACAGUUCUCAACCACUCGCAGCGGCCAUCGUCCCCGCCCGCUCAACCUGCUCAUGGAAACUUCGCCUCGUGCAAGGCUCGCUAUAGCGGAGCGCCAGACGAAUCUCUCGACGGUUUUAUAGACGCCGUAGAAGCCUACAAAGAAUGUGCAAAUGUAAACGAAACUAAUGCACUACGUGGGUUGUCAAUGUUGUUAACUCAUGAAGCCGCGACAUGGUGGCAAGGGGUUAAAACCACCACGAACAAGUGGGACCACGCCCUCACAUCCCUCAGAGGUGCGUUUGGUGAUAGCCGACCUCCGCAUCGUAUAUACAAGGAGCUAUUCGCCAACCCACAACAAGCAAGUGAGAAAACGGAACUCUUUAUCGCAAAAACACGAGCGUUAUUAUCACGUCUACCAAAGGACGAUCUGACAACCAAAGUACAGAUGGACAUGGUGUACGGACUACUACAUAGUAAAAUACGCGAGCGUUUGAGAAGAGAGGAGAUUCAUACAUUCGAUGCGCUACUCAGAAAGUCUAGAGAGAUAGAAGAAUCUUGCGACGAGAGUCUAUCAACCAGUGGCCUUCAGAACAAACUGCGACAACGCCAGUUCCCGCCAACUUCUCGUCACGCCGCAAGCAUCGCCGCCGCCCAGGGGUCAACGACCGCGCCACCACUACCGCCGCAGAGCGCGCCCAAGCCGCCUGCGCCCGCCGCUGAGUCCAGCGGCCACGGCACCUACCGCCGUUCUCCUCGCUGCUCCGUGAUGCCGCCCACACCGUCGUCUCUACAACCCCACGGCUCUUCUACUCCGUUCGCGAACGCCAAACGUCGAUAUUGCUUCUAUUGCAAGAGCUAUGGACAUACACGUGAUGAGUGUCGUAGGUUAGCAGCUAAAGGCAAACAGGACAUUGAUAAUGCCGCCGACCCUAUCCCGUCAUGUUACGGAUGCAACGAGAGAGGUGUCACUCGAUCACAGUGUGCUAAAUGCAAUUCGGACUUCUCUGCGUGUGAAUACGACCGUCCGAAAGGCGCGCUGAUGGGAACUUACAGUACAAGGUAUUCCACCACUGUUAUCAAAUCAUCUUGUGAUAAGGAUGAGUCCCAGUGCAUGCCACAUGAUGUGCCUCCUCCGACUUCUAAGCUCACUAACAUACUUGGUGAUUGUUCUAUAAGUAAGUACAAUUUGACCACAACCAAAUCAAUCUCAUUUUCGACACCAACUGAUAAGAAUAGGGUGACUAUGAUUUUUUCCGGACAUCCGCGGAAAUCGAACACAGAAGUUAGGGUGACCAUGAAAAAUGUUUUCCAUGAACAAUCCGGAACUAUAAAUAAUUUGAAAAAUAAUUUUAUUACGCCUACUAGGUUGACCAUGCAGGACGAUUUUAAUAAUAAUCAAAAAUUAUUUCCUAAAGUUGAGUCACAAUUUUUAUUAAAUAGAGCGACCACAUGUUCGAACAUUUCUCUGUCGACUCUUGAUUCAACUAAUUCAAACGCUCAUCCACAAGUGUCAGACACUUGUCAAUCCCAACGGAGACCAAUUCUUGGAGUGGAAAUUCUAGGUGUAAGGGGUACCGCACUAUUGGAUACAGGUGCUAAAGGGUGUAUUGCGGGUGCUUCCUUAUAUCAGGUGUUGCAUAAGCAUAAUCAUGCCUGCCAAGAAACCACUAAACGCGUUCGUCUCGCUGAUGGCUCCGUGCAGAUUCGUGAGUUAUUGGUUACUAACCUGCAUGUUAAACUAAAAAGUAAACUAUUGUGUUUGGAGUUCAUUAUUUUCCCAGACACCGAAUCCAAUGAUACUAUUCUUGGUAUGGACUUUAUUGCUUCAGCGGGUAUGGUGCUUGAUUUCGCUGCUUCAAUUUGGUAUUUCUCUGGUGAUGAGGUUACUUACCCAUUGGAAUAUGAACUUUCCAGACCAUGCGUGUCCGUAUCCUCUGCAGAUUUCCUACGUGAGGAGGAAGGAGUUAUGCUGCAUCCCGAAGAGAGAUUGCUGUUGUCCGACUUCCUGAAACAGAACGAAGACCUGUUCGAACCAGGGGGAGGACCAACUCCGUACGCAGAGCAUCACAUCGACACCGGCGAUAACGCUCCUAUAGCCGUUCCACCAUAUAGGCUCACUCCAGCAAAAAAAGAGAUAGUGAAGGCAGAGUUGGAGAAAAUGUUAGCAGACGACGUGAUUGAAGAGUGUGAGUCUGCGUGGUCUGCGCCUGCUCUUCUUGUCCCGAAGAAGGACGGAUCUUUUAGAUUUUGCGUCGACUACCGUCGCCUCAAUGCGAUCACCAAGACCGAUAGUUAUCCAAUUCCCUUAAUCGAUGAUUUAUUGCAGAUGACCAAACGGGAUUGUCACAUGUCCACCAUUGACCUGCGUGCCGGAUAUUGGCAAGUCAAUCUAGCAGAAAAAGACAGAGACAAAACCGCCUUUAUAAGUCCUUUUGGUACGUAUAGGUUCAAGCGCAUGCCGUUCGGCUUAAAAAACGCGCCAUCUACCUUUCAGCGAUUGAUCGUUGCAGGACAUCACUUUGUUGGCAUAUUUGGAUGA